UCCUUGUCCUCUGAGCCACAGGUGAUAUGGAUGAGCAUAAUUAAGCCAGCCUCCUUCAUUCACCAGAGAUUUCACCAAGUGAGUAAAGGACAUUCUGGUGUUUAAGUCAAAAGUCAAAAAGUUGUUGAGCGUUUCAACAUGAAGGUUACAGACAGUAAUGUGAUUCGGUUUCACCUUCAAGUUAUUUAUGGGAUUACUGUGAAGAGGUUAGAGAAGAAAAAGGAGAGACUGUUCAUCGGUGGUGCAAAGGUCUUUGGUGUUCCUCUGGAGAAUUUACCCCGUCAGUACAUCCAUGAGUUUGGACUGGUGCCCUGCUUUUUGGUGGAUGCUUGUUCAUUUCUACUGGAGCGUGCUGGGACUGUGGGCCUGUUCAGAAAACCAGGGUCUCUUCCUCGCAUUAAGACCCUCAGGGCCAAGUUGAAUAGAGGAGAGGGAUGUCUGACCACAGCCCUCCCCUACGAUGUUUCAACGCUCAUCAAACAGUUUUGUAGGGAGCUGCCGGAGCCUUUGUUCCCCUCUGAGCUCCACGCAGCUCUGCUCAAGGCCCAGGCGCUGUCCAGCAUACAGGACAGGACCUCAGCCCUCCAGCUGCUGUCCUGUUUGCUAUCUGCCAGAAACUCCUCCUGUCUGCAUUACAUGUUUGACUUCCUCUCCAAAGUCUCCCAGAGAUGCACGGAAAACUUAAUGACCAGCUCCAACAUUGCCAUAGUCUUCGCUCCGUGUCUUUUACCGCCUCCCAACAAGGCCGAGAUGUCUGAGGAGCGACUUGAGCUCAGAGUUCUUGUCUUACGCACCUUCAUUGAAAAUCCUCACUUAUUUGGUGUGAUUCCUAAAGCUGUAAUGGACAGUAUGGAUUUUCUGAUGAAUACUCAUCUUGUGAAAGACACAAAGAGAGGUCCCAGAAAAAGACACAGCUUGAAAGCAAUGUGGUCUGUAAAGACAGUGCCCUGGAUUCAAGGAAGGUCAAAGGACAGACCUCCAGCCUCUGAGCGGAGUGAAGAGCUCACCUCAGGCGAAAGACCACCGCUCAGGAGAAGCCUCGGCCUGGAGGCUUUCCCAAAUGUCCUGCUGUUCAGAACCUGUAUGCCUUGUGCAGAACUAGGUUUCAAGCCUGCAACGGCUUUGUUAGAAAGUCACAGCCCCGUUGACAAAGAGGCAUGCAAGACCCCACAAGAAAGACCAGCAAGUUUGUGCCCUGUUUUCAGAGAUCUGCGUUUGGGUCACUUCCAGAGGUUCACCAGAGGACAGGAUGCAGACUGCUCUCCUGUGCUUACUGGUUUGGGGAAACUGCAGCUCACACCUUGGAGAAGACGUUAUGAUCUCAGUGGCAGAUACUCUCCUUGUGCUUCUUACAGCGCAGUGCUUUUAGGUCUCGCGCAGUACGCAGGUCCCAACAUCAUCACGGACACGAUGGCAGAAAUCGGAUGGGUGGUGCGGUUGUUGUUGCUCGGCCUCCUCCUGUGCCUGCAGGUCGGCAGGGCUCCAGCCCGCAGCCCCCGCACGGCGGACCAGGUGUCUGAGGCCGACAUCCAGCGGCUCCUGCACGGCGUCAUGGAGCAGCUGGGCAUCGCUCGGCCAAGGGUGGAGUAUCCUGCACAUCAGGCCACCAACAUCGUCGGGCCUCAGAGCAUACAGGGUGGUGCUCACGAAGGGCUGCAGCACCUCGGCCCCUUUGGAAACAUUCCCAACAUUGUGGCCGAGCUGACCGGCGACAACGUUCCCAAAGACUUCAGUGAUGAUCACGGGUACCCAGACCCUCCAAACCCCUGUCCUCUGGGAAAGACAGCAGCAAACGGGUGUUUGGAAAAUGCUCCGGACACAGCCGAGUUCAGCAGAGAGUUUCAAAAACACCAGCACCUUUUUGAUCCAGAGCACGACUACCCAGCACUGGCGAAAUGGAACAAGGAGCUUUUGUACCAAAAACUGAAGGGAGGACCGAAAAGAAGAAAAAGGAGCGUCAACCCGUAUCUGAUGGGCCAGAGGCUGGACAAUGUGGUCGCCAAAAAAUCUGUUCCUCACUUCUCUGAGGAAGAGGAGGAAGAGCCACCAACCCUCUCUGCUGCCAGCAAAUCUACAACCUAAACUCCUGCACCUGCAACACUCACUGUAAUAAUAAAGUAUACUCUCAGAUAGGAGUUUUUUACGCUACAUAUUUAAGCAUUUUGGUUAACAAGCAAUGGAUAAGGGACUUCAGUGCAAGUACUGUAAAAUAAGAAAUAAUAUGCAGAUAAAAGAUAACCAUAUUUUAUUGUAUUGCAGUCAUAUUUAUUAGCACAGUUUAUUAAUGAG